CGUCAGGGAGGUGCCUCUGAAACUGGACAUCUUCCCCCAAGUGCUUGUGAAUUCUUUUCUUAUGAAAAAGGCCCUUGUCAACUCCCAAUACAGUAUUUGGGCCUGAAACGCCGGGCUUGCUUGCACAGUGGAUUCGUAAUCCCUUCCCUCAAUACGGUGCGUUUUGGUUCGCCACGCUCGGAGUUCGAGGUCGCAGCUGUAAAUGUCUUCCCAGUUCUCUCCCCCUUGCUGGAACGAGACCUCGUAUCGAGUCUGUCGACAACACGUUCUUUGAUUCUUCCCCCCUAUUUCAAGUAUGUCAACUGGCGGCGAUUAUUUGAUCCGCUGAACGAUAUAGCAGCGUGAUAGGUUAUUUGCUUUUUAGGAUUCGGGUUAAUCGGUAGAGCCAUGGAUUUCCAGAAGAGGAGGGUUCAGUUACUGCUCUUCGUCGCUGGCAUCAUUGUUCUUAGCAUCACAGCUGAAAAAUGCAGGCUGCUGGUUGGGGAGGAGGCGGCAUCCCAAAGCGGGAAGUUUACAUUCUUAAACUGCUUUGAUAUGGGCUCAGGAACUUUAGCAUGUGUUGUCAAGGAAGGAGUGAAGCUUUAUUUUUACAACAUUAGAGCUGCUCACGUUGAAAGAGCAAGGAAUCAUGCAAUCGAGUCUGCUCUUGUCGAUGCUGUGGCACAAGGAAUGUCAGCAAAGGAUUCAGCUAAACAUGCUCAGAAAGAAGGUGCCAAGGCUGCAAAAUUGGCUUCACGCCAGGCCAAGCGAAUUAUAGGCCCCGUCAUCUCUUCCGGAUGGGACUUCUUUGAAGCUAUGUACUAUGGUGGAACUAUCACGGAGGGCUUCCUCAGGGGCACUGGUACCUUGUUCGGUGCUUAUGCUGGAGGUUUUCUGGGGGAGGAAAGGCUUGGAAGAUUUGGCUAUCUCGUCGGAAGUCACAUGGGCAGUUGGUUUGGAGGCAGAAUAGGACUAAUGUUAUAUGAUGUGGUUAAUGGAGUGCACUUCCUGUUGAAUUCUGUUCAAAUGGCUGGCAGUGAAGUUGAAGGUACUUUGGAUCAUGGAAGUUCUGAAGCACCCAAGAGUUCCUAUUUUGAGGAAGCCCCUCUUUAUGACAGGUCCGAAGGUUCUGAUGAACCCAGUGUUUCUGAAUCCUAUGCCGCCGAAGAAGCCAAUGCCUAUGAAUCUCCUGCCUAUCAGAGCUCGGAAAAAUAUGAAAAUUCCGAUUUGUGAUGAAAUUUUUUUAGCUGAUGCGUGCAAGGCAUCAACUGCUCGAGUCAUAAUUGGAUGCCUGAUGUGUAUGUUCGUUCCUUUGGUGUAUUUACUUCCACCAUUGGGCAACUCCCAAAGUACUGUAAAAUAUACCCCAUGAUUAAUUUAGAAAAGAUUAUAAUU